UUUACAUUUAAAAAAAAAAAAAAGGGAGGCCUGUCCUCAGAAACAAGGCUUUCAGCAGGUAACAAAAACCUGCAGGAAGUACUUGCUAAGAAGAGGAAUGGCAAACUGUUAGGCACAUAAGAAGGUCAUGCAGUUACAGCUAAAUGCUGGGUCAGACUGGUCCAACAGGCUGGAGCUUAAGCAGCUGAUAAGGGCCGAAUAUCACAUCAUGUCUCAAACUGUUGAUGUGAGCGCGGAGCCUCUGAAAUGGCCCAUAGCUCCGGAUGGCUAUAUCCCCAACUCUGUGAUCCGGAGUUGGGGGAGGAAGGAAACGGAACUUGAAAGAAGUGAAAUUGACUGCUGGCAUGACAUCAUCUUCCAUAGUCUUCAUCAGGAGGAUGAACGCACAAAUGAUCAGAGUGACUUAAGCACAAGAACGUUCUGGUUAAUAGAAAGUGAUGAGGAAGAGGAAGAGGAAGAGGAAGAAACGACAGACAGUGUGAAAAGAAAGACAAAAGAAAAAGAAGAUGACAAAAAACAGAAACACAGGGAAGAAAAAAAGGUGGAAGGAAAGGAAAGGGCAGAUGAGGAGAAAGAAAAGGAGGACAAGAUGGAUAGAACUGUCCUUGUGAAGUGGUCCUACAACAUCCAGACCAAGACUACCUUGCAGGACCAUCUGAAAACAUUUGAUGACGAAAACACUACUGUGACGCCCCAGAGGCAGGAAUUAGAUUCAUCUUACUUUCAAGAAAGUUCAAGAAAGACUGUGGACUUUACACCAAUAUCUUGUCAUGAAAAUGGACUUAAACAACCGAGAGAGCCAAGGGAAGACAUAAGCCUUCACGAAAGCGUCACAGAACCACACCAAUAUCUCCCUGUGCCCAAUAAACAGAGAACAUCCAGUUUCGUUUGUAAAGAGUGGUCGGAGCCUCCGGUGGAAAGUCUUGUGGUGUCUGCAGAUACCAUCAUCCCAAAGCAAGGACCCAGGGUAACGUCGUACAUACCAUCUGUAGAGAUCAAAACCUUGACUCCUCCUCCCUCUCCGAGCUCAGAGGAACCACAACCCCAACCAGACCUUGGGCCUCCUAAAUGCUCACCAAUCAGAGAUAAAAGGUUCCUCUUGUCUUCCACCAAAUACAACAACAUCAGAGACCAAGCCCCAGUGCCCCUGGAUCAAAAAGUCUUGAAGCUCUACAAGAAGAUCAAAGUCACCAACAUGAACUCAUCACACCUUCGAAACCUCGCCACCACAGCUGAGCGCAGCCCUGCUUCUAUGGCAACACGCUCCAACGUACAGACUAAUAGUGCGGGGCUGAAUCUGAACCUGGGGAGUCCUGAUUGCUCUGCACAACUUGCACAAACUAUCCUUCCCAUCAAAGACCAAAGAGGCCACGAGUCCAUACCUGAGUGGAGGAAGUCCCUGUACAGAGUUAUUUCUCUCCAAGGUUUCUGUUCUUCUCGGGGAGCAAGGUUGGCCACUGCAGAUCAUCUGGCCGGGUCUUCCAACGCAAGACAACUUGCUGCAACCAUCCCCCCACUGCAGCCUGGCAAGGCAGAAGGACAUCAGAGGGUGGUUCAAAAGAUUCAGAUGAAAGACACCCUAGAGCUGGACCCCUUAGAGUUUCACUAUGUGAUUCCAAUGGCCUCCCAACACAGCUUCUUCCCUUUGAUCCCCUGCGGUAAGACUCUGUAUGGAAGACUGCAGUUUGACUGGAUGAGGGGAUCUGAGGAGGAAAAGCUGCUGGAAGUGUCUACAGUUAUGACCAAGGAUCCUGCUCACGAGUUGUAGAUGAAAACAGGGUUUUGUACCAUCUUAGUAGAUCUGCUUAGCAUCUGGCCAGCUCCUGUCAUGAUUUACUUAUGAGCUUAUUUGGUCAAAAAAUAAAAUAAUCUGUCGUGCA